ACGGGAUGAACCGCAAUGCCCACAGUGAACUGGCUGGGGAAGUAGAAGUUCAGCAGUGCGGUGUUUAGCGCUCGGUGACUGGGAAGGUGACUCUAAUGACGUCGCUUCCAUGCCUGUGACAGGAAGUUCUUGUGUGUCGACCUGUGAAAGUUGAGCUUCCGGGUCGGGUGCGCGGAAGGCUACACGUGGGUAUGAAUGCUGCAUGUUGAUGUGAAAGAUUGGUUGUGAUCAAAGCGGGAAUAGUUUAUUACAGCUGAAGAGAAGAAAUCAAGACAUCAUGGAGGAGGAAUGUUUCCCUCGUGGUGGAUCGUUACCCAAAUCUGACCAGUCAACCACUAAAAAGAGAAAAAAAGAAAGUGACAACCUGUUCUCCUUUCAUGAAGAAGAGGAGGAAACCAGGAAGAAAAAGAGGAAAGCGGUCAGUGAGAAGCCAAAGGCUGUCCGUCCGGAGAAAGUCACGCCGACCAAAGAGCAGCCGGUGAAAAUCCUGCGGUUUAAGGAUCUCAGCGUUGGUUUUCUGCUCUUGGGUUGUGUGAAAGAAGCUAAAGACUUCGAACUGGUCGUCAGCCUGCCGUAUGGCCUGACGGGAUACGUCCAUGCAAUGAACAUCUGCGAGGCCUAUACCAAACUCCUCAGUGAGCAGGUGGAGAAGGAAGUCAUGUUGGAGAAUUUAACUCCUCUGUCUGACCUGUACUCUCCUGGGAUGUUGAUAAGAUGUGCUGUCAGUGGCUUGGAGACGACAGCGGGUGGCUUUAACAGCGUCAAGUUGGCGGUCGAUCCCAAACUUGUCAACAGUGUCCUCGUGGCUGCGUCUUUACAACCAGGCAUGUUGCUGUCGGGCUGCGUGUCCAGUGUAGAAGAUCAUGGGUAUCUUGUUGACAUAGGAGUUGGUGGAUCUAAGGCGUUCUUGCCGCGUCAAAAAGCUCAAGUGUUUCUAAAGCAAGCAAACAAAGGAGCAGCCCUGAGAGUGGGAGAGUACCUUAACUGCGUGGUUGACGAAGUGAAGAAUGAAGGGAGGAUCGUCCGUCUGUCCAUCGUUCAGUCCGAAGUGGCUGCAGCAUUUGCGACAGUUGAACAAAAGUGGACGUUGAAUAAUCUGUUGCCCGGACUGGUUGUUAAAGCCAAAAUUACGAAGGUAUCCAGCAGCAAAAUUUCCCUAUCCUUCUUGUCAUCCUACACGGGAGCUGUAGAUUUCUUGCACUUUGAUCUCCUAAAAAAGAGCGCGUACAGUGUGGACCAGGAGGUGAAAGCUUGCAUUCUUUGGGUCGACCCCUCUUCCAAAAACUUCCGAUUGACGCUACGCCAGUCGUUUGUGCAGCCGGGGAGCUCCGUGCGGCAGCUGUCCAGCUCCCUGGUCGGGUCGGUCAUCGAGGACUGCGCCAUGAAAUCCAUGUUUAAGACGGCAGGAGCUUUCUUCCAGCUUGGCGAAGGGACUUUGGGGUUUGCGUUUAUGCACAAUCUUUCUGAAAAACCCAAGGGUGUUGAGAAAAUUAAAGACGGCACCCGUCACACAGUGCGAGUGAUCGAGUACAGCCCGAUGGAUGAGACGCUCUUGAUAUCUUUGAAGACGAGCGUCGUAGAAGGUCUGUUCUUGCGGCACGAAGAUAUACGAGCUGGGCAGAUAGUAGAGGGCACCGUGAGCACCAUUGAACCUGUAGGUAUGGUAGUGAAGAUUACCAAUUAUCUCUCUGGUCUUGUCCCGCGACUCCAUUUGGCGGAUGUCGAGCUUCAGCAUCCCGAACUCAAGUAUAAAACAGGGCUGAGUGUGAAGUGCAGGGUUCUAACUGCAGAUCCAACAGCCAAGAAGUUGAUAUUAACAAGGAAGAAAACGUUAUUGAACUCACGGCUGCCGGUGAUUGCCAGUUUCGAGGAUGCAAAGCCAGGUCUCAUCACUCACGGCUUCAUUGUGUCUAUCAAAACCUACGGCUGCAUUGUCAAAUUCUACAACGAAGUUCAAGCGCUGGCUCUGAGGAGUCAACUGAGCUCGGAACCCAUCCACAAUCCAGAGGAGGUUUUCUACAAAGGACAGGUGAUAAAGGUACGUGUCGUGGAAUGCAAUGUAGAAACUCAAAGGAUCUUGGUGUCGUUUAAAUUAACCGAAGAGGAUGAUGAUGAAGAACCGACGCUGAAGAAACCAAACCCAAAAGCCCUGGAGAUUGGCAAGGUGGUUGAUGUAAAAGUCGUAGCGAAGACCGACGAGGGAUUGGAUGUCGUAACCCUGCCGGAGAACACCCCCGCCUUCCUUCCUAAAAUGCACCUGUCGGAUUACAUCACAAAUUGCAAUUUACUGUGGCGUCACCUGGAGGUGGGAGACAUCCUCCCCGGAGCGAUGUAUCUGAGCAGCUUUAAGAAAAAGAAUAUAUUAACCAGGAAAUCCACUCUGAUUGCGGCCGUGAAGGAAGACGACUGCGUGAAAGAAUUCUCCGACUUGCAGAUUGGGAUGUUACUCCCCGGGUUUGUGAGAAAUACCAUGCCGUACGGCGUGUUUGUGCAGUUGUCACACGGGCUAGUAGGAUUGGCACCCAAAUCGGAAGUGGCCGAUAAGUUUGUGACGGACGUCAACGAGCAUUUUGUAGAAGGGCAGACGGUGGUAGCCAAGGUUCUGGAGACAGACGAGGAGCGGAAGCGCUGUCUGCUGACCCUGAAGCUGUCUCAGUGCGCUCCGGAUGACUGCUCUGAUGACAGCUUCUCUCGGCUGAGCCAGUGUUUCAGCGAACAGCAGCUCCUAAAGAGCAUGAUCAGCAGAAAAGACGAUGAUGGUGAAAGUAUCACCAGUUUAGUCCCUGGAAAAAAGCUGAACCUGGUGGUCGAGGAGGUAGAAGAAGACGGGACAAUCCUUUUCGCUGUUGCCCAGAUUCCUGGCGCUGAAAAAGUUAUGGCUUCCAACCAUAACCUUGGAGGGAAAAGCAUAGACAGCGGCCAGAAAGUGAAAGCCGUGGUUCUGUAUGUAGAUCUCAUCAAGUCUCACGUUUACGUCUCUUUAAAUAAUACUCUCCUGAAGAAGAAAGGAGCGCUUACAGAAAACUCCACUUAUUUUGCCGUCGUGCAACACGUAGCAGAGGAGUUCGCCGUUGUGGCUUUGGAGGGUACGUCUCAUUUGGCAGCUGUACCCGUGUCCUGUCACUUUAAUGACACGCACCGGUUCGAGUCUGAGAAGUUAAGUAUCGGGAAAAGGAUCUCCAUAACUCUUAAAACAGCAUCUGCAGAGGAACACGGGUAUUUGCUCGCUGUGCGAGAUUCAACCGAGAAGAAACACAAGAAGCGAGACAAGAAGACGCCAGAGAGCGCUGCGCCGGGCAGCUGCAUACAGAAAGACCUGCAGAUCGGAUCGGUAGUCUCUGCGACUGUGAAGACCGUGAAACCAAACAGCGUCGUCGUCUCCAUCGACGAUAAAGCGGUUGGAUUCAUCCACGUGUCUCAAAUACUGGAGGAGAUGUCCGAGGGUUCCUUCCCGACAUCCAAACUGAAGCCUAAGCAGAGCCUCACCUGUCGAAUCAUAGGAGCAAGAGAUGUGAAGUCGCACAGGUUCCUGCCAAUUACGCACCCGAAUUUCAAGCAGUCUUUACCAGAGUUGAGCCUUCUUCCAAGUGUAAUUGAAAAAGAGGGUGAUUUACCACCUCCCAAAAACCUGAACAUGUACAGCGUUGGAGAGAAGGUGACAUGCUUCGUACUAAAGUAUUAUAAGGAGAUGUCCGUCCUGGAGGUAGAGCUCACCCCUGGUGUCCGUGGCAGAAUCGAGCAGUUGCUCCUUUCGCAUACUCCAAAGGUUUUGAAACGUCCAGAAAAGAAUUUCAAGCAAGGGCAGGCGUUGUCUGCUACAGUAGUGUCCCUAGAUGCCUCCCUGAAGUAUCUUCACCUGUCGCUCACAGGCUUCCAUCGGCUGGAAAAAGGCACCGAUCUGGUGGGCCGCGUAAAGAAGGUGAUUCCGGGUUCUUGUCUUGUUAUAUCCCUCCCGUUUCGAAAGACCGGCAAAGUCGACCUUUUUCAAUUAAGCGAUUGUCACGCCGAGGCUCCGCUGGACAGCUUUAGCCCUGGGCAAUUUGUGAGGUGCUGUGUGCUCUCUACUUCAGCUACCACGGAGCUAUCGCUUAGGAAGUCAAGGCUAAAUCCUGAGAGUAACAUCAGCGUGGCCAACCCAGAAAUCACAUCUGUUGAAAGCCUUGAAGAAGGGCAAUGUGUCAGCGGUUAUGUUAGUGCAAUUUCAGAAAAGGGAGUGUUUUUCAGGUUAUCAAGCACUCUUGUGGGGCAUCUCAAAUUCAGUAACGUCACAAGUUACUAUGUUCCCGAUAUAGAAUUGUAUAAGAAAUAUAUCCCGGAAGGAACACUGCUGACAGCUAAAGUUAUUGGGAAAGAUACAGAGGAGAAGCACGUCGACCUCUCGUUUCUCCCGGAGGACACUGGCAAACCAGAUGUGAUCCCAGAAUCCACUGGCCUCAAAAAGAGAAUUGUCAGAGAUCCGCAGGAACAAUCCGACAAGAGAAAAAGAAAAGUUUCGCAGAGUGAAACAAAGGAUGUUCCUGAAAAGAAGAAGAAGAAAAAGAAAUCUCAGGAGAACAAGGAGGACGAAGACAGUGGAGUUGAAGUUUACUGUCGAGAAGAUAAAGGAGAGAACAAAGACAAAACCACUGAUACGAAGGACCGCAGCAAACAAUCGAUCUCUAGGCUUGAAGUUCCUGCCGGCUUCUCCUGGGACGUCAGUUUACAGACACUGCGAACGUCUUUAGCGGAUGUGAAAGAAAGCAGCUCAGACAGCGAGGACGAGGAGGAACCGCAGCCAAAGACAAAGAAAACCGCAAAAGAAAAGGCCAUGGAAAAGAAAGAAGCAGAAAAGGAGCUUUCUAAGAUCGAAGCUGCCCUUAUGGACCCGAACCGGCAGCCUCAGUCUGCCGAUGACUUUGACCGGCUGGUCGUGAGCUCUCCAAACAGCUCCAUCCUCUGGCUCCAGUACAUGGCUUUCCAUCUUCAAGCUACAGAGAUCGAGAAAGCCAGAGCGGUGGCAGAAAGGGCCCUCAAAACGAUUUCUUUCCGAGAGGAGCAAGAGAAGCUCAACGUUUGGGUGGCUUUGUUGAACCUGGAAAACAUGUAUGGGACAGAAGAAUCGCUGCUGAAAGCUUUUGAGCGAGCUGUCCAAUAUAACGAGCCCCUGAAAGUGUUCCAGCAGCUGGCCGACAUCUACAUCAAAUCGGAGAAGUUUAAGCAAGCAGAAGAUCUGUUCAACACCAUGCUGAAGCGCUUCCGUCAGGAGAAGUCCGUGUGGCUGAAGUAUGCCACGUUCCUUCUGAGACAGGGUCAGAAAGAAGCGACGCACAAGUUACUACAGCGCGCCUUGAAGUGUCUUCCUGAGAAAGAACAUAUCGAUGUCAUUUCAAAGUUCGCUCAGCUAGAAUUUAACCUGGGAGACACCGAGCGAGCCAAGGCCUUGUUUGAGAGCACGCUAAGCAAUUAUCCAAAGCGCACAGAUCUCUGGUCAGUUUAUAUCGAUAUGAUGAUGAAGCAUGGCGGCCAGAAGGAAGUGAGGGAUAUCUUUGAGCGAGUCAUUCAUCUCAGCAUGACUGCAAAAAGAAUUAAAUUCUUCUUCAAGCGCUACUUGGAGUAUGAGAAGAAACACGGCACCGCGGAGAGCAUCCAGGCCGUGAAAGAGAAAGCUCUGGCAUACGUGGAAUCGAAAAGCUCAGUGACGACGUCCUAAUGCUUGUGUCGGUGGCGGUUCUGUUCCUGCUUACGGACCGCGGUCUGACGGAAAGACUUAUUUCUCUGGCCAUUUAAUGACACAACUUUUUAUAUCACGCCUUCGUGCGGGACUUCUGAUUUUCCACUUAAUUGAUCUGUAAAGCCAGUAGAAAACUAUACACCGAAGAUUCCCCAGUUAUCUUUUUUUAUUGUAUAUUAUUGUAUGGAAGAGACGUUUCAUUGCAGUGAUAGACAUAAAAUUAAUGUAUUGACUUCA